UUUUAACCUUAAUGGCUAAGCCGGAGUUAGAGACAAGGAGAUUGAAUGGAGAUUACGCAGUCGAUCUAGAUGAACUCAUUGAGAUUGUUGACUCAUAUCAGAAUAGGCAGUUUGAUGAAGAUAUACAGAUAAUCAGAACAAAUCAUGAGGGGAUUGAAAGUCUCGCACAAAAGUUAUGAACUUCUGUAGAGAAAGGCUUAAAUGAAUCUGAUUUAGAGUUCAGAGAAGUUGAAUUUGGAACGAAUAAAUAAAGACCCACCAAAGCGAACUGGGUUUUGAAAGCUGUUUAUUGAAGCUAUGAAUGACCUAAUGCUGAAGAUACUGAUAGUCUCAGCAUUUAUUUCAAUUAUAAUCUCAAUGAUUAUUGCGGAAGAUGAUGAAAGAAGCAUUGCCUGGGUCGAAGGAGGAGCUAUUUUAAUAGCUGUUCUUGUAGUCACUACUGUAACUGCUUGGAAUGAUUACCAAAAGGAAAAACAAUUUUUAGAGUUAAAUGCCUACAACGAUUCCCAAAAUAAUAUAAUAGCAUUAAGAAAAGGAGAAGAGAAGGAGAUUAACUUUAAUGAAAUUCUUGCAGGGGAUAUCAUCCAAAUUAAACCAGGGAUGAGCAUUCCUUGAGACUCUCUGCUUGUAAGAGGAACUGGGGUAACAACUGAUGAAUCUGCAAUGACAGGAGAAAGUAUCGAAUUGAAGAAAGAAACUAUAAAGCAAUGAGAAGUGAGACUGCACGAAAAGUUAGAAGAAGAGAAAGUUACUGAAAAUAUGGAAAGAACAAACCAUGAUAUUCCUUCCCCAGUCCUCUUAUCUGGCACCGAAAUCCAAACAGGGGAAGGUUGGUUUAUGGUUAUCGUUGUUGGUAAAAAGUCAUGCGUUGGGAAAAUAUAUGAAAAACUAGGGCAGGAGAUUGAAACCACUCCUUUACAAGAGAAAUUGACCGCAAUUGCAACUGAUAUUGGAUAUAUUGGAAUGAUAGCUGCAGCCAUCACUUUAAUCGUACUUUUUGGAAGGUUCUUUAUUGAACAAGGCAUUGAAGGAUUCAAAUCAGAGGAUAUUGGUGAUUAUUUUAGCGAAUGGUUUGAUUAUAUACUUGUUGCUGUCACCAUUGUAGUCGUGGCUGUCCCAGAAGGUCUCCCUCUUGCGGUAAUGAUUGCACUUGCUUACUCAGUCAAAAAGAUGCUGAAAGACAAGAACUUUGUGAAAAGAUUAUCGAGUUGUGAAAUUAUGGGAGGAGCUAACAAUAUUUGUUCAGAUAAAACCGGGACGCUGACUAAAAAUAUAAUGAAUGUUAAAGAGAUUUGGCAAGGAGAAACAAUAGAACUUGAGUCUGAAAAACUCACUUAUGUGAUGGCAGAUGUCAUUAAUAAUGAGAAGGCAGCAAAACUAUUCUUAGAAGGAUGAGCCUGAAACACUAGUGGAACUUCUGAAUCUGCAAAUGCCACUGAAAAGGCAAUGUUACAGAUGCUUGAUAAAUUUGAAUGAGAUUAUCAAUCUAUGAGAGAUAUCCAUUGUCAAGAUCCUUUGGUUAGAUUCCAAUUCACAUCAAAGAGAAAGAAGAUGAGCACUAUAUUAACUAAGAUUACUGACAAUAAGUAUGGAUAUGACAAAAGACUUCACAUCAAAGGAGCUGCUGAAAUUAUUUUAAGAUCUUGUAAUCAGUACAUAAAUGAAGAAGGAGGUUUGGAACCACUAGAUGAAGACAUGACAGAAUACAUUAAUGAAAAUGUAAUUGAAGAAUUCGCAAAGAAAGCAUUGAGAACAAUUUGACUUGCUUACAAAGAUCUGAGGCCAAACGAAGGGGGAAUAACUCAUGAAGAUGAUGCACCAGAUAAAGUGAAUAAAUUAGUCGAGACUGGAGACUUAAUUUGAAUUGCUAUCCUUGGAAUCAGAGAUAUUAUAAGACCUGAGGUUCCUAAAGCAGUAGAGAUUUGUCAGGAAGCUGGAAUAAAAGUAAGAAUGGUAACUGGAGAUAACAAGACAACUGCAAUGGCUAUUGCUAAAGAGUGUGGAAUAAUAUCCACAGACAAACCUUCUGGUGAUUCAGUGUUGGAAGGUCCUGAAUUUUACAAGAGAGUCGGUGGUCUUAUUUGUAAGAAUUGAUCUGAAGCUCCUCCAUGUGAUUGCCCAACGAAGAAAGUUCAAGAAGUAGUGAAGAAUAAGGAUGAGUUUAUUAAAAUUUAUGGAGAGUUAGAAGUGUUGGCAAGAUCACGCCCAGAAGAUAAGUACUUAUUAGUCACUGGAUUAAGGGAAUUAGGAGAUGUUGUUGCAGUCACCGGUGAUGGAACUAAUGAUGCCCCUGCUCUGAAGAAGGCAGAUGUUGGUUUUGCUAUGGGAAUCACAGGAACUGAUGUUGCUAAGCAUGCUGCUGAUAUUAUCCUUCUUGAUGAUAAUUUUGCAUCGAUUGUCAAGGCAUGAAUGUGGGGUAGAAAUAUUUUUGAUAAUAUCAGAAGAUUCCUCCAGUUCCAGCUCUCUGUAAAUAUUGUUGCUUUGUCAACAUCAUUUGUUGGAAGUUGUGUUUUGAGAGAGUCUCCACUGCAGCCUAUUCAAUUGCUUUGGGUUAAUUUAAUCAUGGAUUCACUAGGUUCUCUUGCAGAAGCUACUGAGGAGCCUAUUCCUGAACUUCUAGAAAGACCUCCUCAUGGAAGAGAUGAAUAUAUCAUUUCUCACAAAAUGGUAAAGCAUUUGUCAAUCAUGGGACUAUAUCAGUCAAUAGUAAUCUUUAUCGUCGUCUUUGCUGGAGAAUUCUUCAUUCCUGAAGAAUCAGGAUAUACUCCUAACAGAAAUGGAGAUUACGUGUAUCCUGGUAGAGCAUAUUCCUGGGGAGGAGAUGACCUUUAUAAGAAGCUUAGGGAUAGCGAUGAUGAUCCAGGACCAAGCCGGCAUUUCACUAUCGUGUUUAACUCCUUCGUGUUUAUGCAAAUUUUUAAUAUGAUUUGCUCAAGGAAAAUUAAUGAUGAAAUAAAUGUUUUUGAGGGUAUUCUCAAAAAUAAGAUUUUUAUUAUCAUCUUUUUCACAAUCACUAUUAUUCAGAUUUUAAUCGUCCAAUUUACACAAGACGUCUUUCAAGUAGCAAGAGAUGGAUUAUAUUGGCCUCAAUGGAUUAUAUGAAUCGGCAUAGGGUUAACCGUUUUCCCUAUAAACUUCAUGACAAAGUUCAUUCCGGAAAGAAUAUUCCCUGAGCUUGGUAAGAAGAAGAAAAACCCUUUGGAAAGUAGCGGCUCAUUAAAUUUCAGAAAAUCUAGAAAAAAUACAAUGAGGGUCAGACAACCGCAACUUAGCUUUAUGUAA